CCCCUAAAUGCAGCAUGAGAACACGUGUUGGAGCCUUCUGGAAAGCGACUCCCCUUUCGAGAGCGUCCGAGCCCUAGUAGCGUGGACUCCCUACCGGCGAGACUUUUUACUUGUACUUCGCUGGUUGUGCUGCGCUAUGGCUGCCGUAAAAGCGCUAAACCCCAAAGCAGAGGUGGCCAGAGCCCAGGCCGCCCUGGCUGUUAACAUUAGUGCCGCCCGAGGGCUGCAGGAUGUGCUGAGAAGCAACCUGGGACCGAAGGGGACCAUGAAAAUGCUGGUGUCCGGUGCAGGAGACAUAAAGUUGACCAAAGAUGGCAACGUCCUGCUACACGAGAUGCAAAUUCAGCACCCUACAGCAUCGCUGAUUGCCAAGGUUGCAACUGCACAGGAUGACAUCACGGGAGAUGGUACCACCUCCAACGUCCUCAUCAUUGGCGAACUGCUGAAGCAGGCUGACCUUUACAUUUCAGAGGGCCUUCAUCCAAGAAUCAUUGCAGAGGGCUUUGAGGCAGCGAAAGAGAAAUCUUUGGCUGUUCUUGAGGAAGUAAAAGUGACUCGGGAAAUGGAUAGAGAGACCCUCAUUAACGUCGCACGCACCUCUCUCAGGACCAAGGUCCACGCAGAGCUGGCAGACCUGCUCACUGAGGCUGUAGUAGAUGCUGUGCUCGCCAUCGCUAAACCCACUGAGCCCAUUGACUUGUACAUGGUGGAAAUCAUGGAGAUGAAGCACAAGACCGACUGUGAUACACAGCUGAUCAGGGGUCUGGUGUUGGACCACGGCGCCCGGCACCCAGACAUGAAGAAGAGGGUGGAGGAUGCUUACAUACUGACGUGCAACGUCUCUUUGGAGUACGAGAAGACCGAGGUCAACUCUGGCUUCUUCUACAAGAGCGCUAAUGAGAGGGAGAAGCUCGUGGCUGCAGAAAGGAAGUUCAUCGAGGAUCGCGUGCAGAAGAUUAUCGCCUUGAAAAACAAAGUGUGUCCCAAUGGGGACAAGGGCUUUGUUGUCAUUAACCAGAAGGGUAUUGACCCAUUCUCCCUGGACGCCCUUGCUAAAGAGGGCAUUGUUGGGUUGCGGAGGGCAAAGAGGAGGAACAUGGAGAGGCUCACCCUCGCUUGUGGUGGCAUCGCCAUGAACUCAGUUGAUGACCUCACACCUGAAUGCUUGGGACAUGCUGGCGUGGUUUAUGAACACACACUGGGAGAGGAGAAGUACACGUUCAUCGAGAAGUGUGGAAACCCUCGCUCAGUUACCCUGCUGGUGAAGGGACCCAACAAACACACCCUCACACAGAUCAAAGAUGCUGUAAGGGACGGUCUGCGGGCAGUAAAGAACGCUAUUGAAGAUGGUAGUGUAGUCUCCGGUGCAGGUGCCUUUGAGGUUGCUGUGGCAGACGCUCUGGUAAAACACAAACCCAAUGUGAAAGGCAGAGCCCAGCUGGGAGUCCAGGCGUUUGCGGAUGCUCUCCUAGUCAUCCCAAAGGUUCUGGCCCAGAACUCUGGCUAUGACCCACAGGAGACCCUGCUGAAGCUGCAGACAGAGUACAAAGAGUCUGGACAGCUAGUUGGAGUAGACCUCAGCACAGGGGAACCAAUGGUGGCAGGAGAAGCAGGCGUGUGGGAUAAUUACAGUGUCAAGAAACAGCUUCUUCACUCAUGCACGGUGAUCGCAAGCAACAUCUUGUUGGUGGAUGAGAUCAUGCGAGCUGGAAUGUCUUCUCUCAAAGGUUAAAGUCACCUAAAGAAGCUGCAGCUGUUAUAUUCACAGGGAUAGUUGUUUACCUAAAGGUUCAGUCAACGUGUUCCCGCUGUAGGCACUCUGAAGCACCCCCAGUCUGAUGGACAGCCCGCUGUAAACAUCCACGGCAUCCAUCGCAGCGCCUGUCAGAAAUCAUUGUCAUGCUAGUCAUGGGUUUUUUUUGUUUGUUUUCUUAUUUUCCAUGAAUUUGUCAACGCCUCCCUCUAAAAUGAUUGGUUUAUUUAUGAGAUUUUGUUAAAAGCACUGACCUCUGCCUCUCAGUUUUGUUUCUACCCAUUAAAGGUUUUCCUGGCUCCGUAAA